UUAUUUGUACGAAAAAAAACGAACUUAAUGACUUUAAGGACAAUUAAAGAAUGGUAAAAGAAUUUACACACGAAGAUGAAAAAUUUAUCAAAAUUGUUUAAUGCUGGAAAAUGUUUUGGCCUUGGUCCUAAAGACAGUAGAAGAGCUGUUGGGUGUAAAGGAAAAGGUGAUUGCUGCCAUAUACUGGUUGAUGUCUUCAGCAGGAAUAGGACGAUUGGAAUCUUUUUUUGGUGUUGAGAAAUCUACAGUGCAUCAAGUGUGUGAGACCAUUAUAAUGUAUCUGCUUGAAUAACAUAAUUAUGUAUUUUCCAGGAGAAUGAAAAGGAUAAAGAAAACUAACAGUGAUCGGUCUCAAAAAUCUUUGAACAAUACAAAUAUGUGAAUAGGAAAUUAACACGAACUCCUAGAAAUUCAUGGUGGGAUCAGGUGCCAUGGAGGAAAAUUUCGAGUGCUUACUUUCAACGAUUCUAAUGAAAUUCCUGUAACAUCAACUUAUAUGUGAGUAGCUUGCCUGAAUUAAAAACAGAGAAAGGUAGAAGAAAGUCAUCAAGAGGUAAACGGUAAUGGGACCCUAUCAUAGCUCCAGAGCAUUCCCAAGGAAACAAUUGAAUAGUAAGGACACUACUUAUUGAUCCUACAGAGCACUUGUUUGCGACCACAGCUAUAUAUAUCUUUAUAGACAUAAACAAAGGUUUGCCAGAAAAGGUACAAGAAGACCUCGUUUUUGCAAACUCGAAAUUUUAUCUCGGAGGAGAUAAUUGCUCAUUGUUUAGAGUUUUGCCUUCUAGCCACCAUCUUGACCGACCGAUGUUUUACACGCCAAUGCAUACACAACCGAAAUAACAUUUCAAAUAAUUAUUUAUGCAAUAAACAAAACAAAAUACAUAUAUAUUUUGCUGCGUGUUCAUACGACAAAAUUUACACAGAUGAACUAAUAAUUUGCUACGAAAUGUAUGCAAAAGUUAAUUUGCACCUAGUCCUGACUAGGUGUAAAUUUACUCAACUGUGCAGAAUUUGCAUAUGAGUAAAUCAGUUCAUACGACAAAAAUUGCACAUGUGAGUAAAUUUACUUAUGUGUAAAAUAUACUGAGGUAUGCAAAUCAUGUCGUAUGAAUGGGGUAUAAGUGUUAUAGUGACACGGACCCGAAUUGAAACAUUUCAUUUACAGUUUUGAAGAUGGUAGAACUAGAACUAGAACUAGAACAUGGUAAAAUGAACGGUUUUUGAAAUCAAAGUUCUUCAAUUUGUUGUCGUUUUUAUUGAUGAAGUGUACUGCAGUACUAGCUGUCAUACAGAUCUAAACCCCGUGAUCCACCACUCAAAAUCGUAACCGGAAGUGUACAGGUAAAUGAAAGCGUGAGUCCAGGUAGACAGGUAUGGCAGAGUGAACACACUUCAUAAAAAGAGAGAGACAUGAACGUAUAAUAACAUGAUUUGUAUGUGUUGCUAGCCCUUGCCAAAGCAUUUGAAAAUUAUGCAGGAUUGAAACUCGCACACAAUGAAUAAGUUCAGAAAAUUGAAGAGAAUCCUUUCUAUGACUGGGAUUAUAAUAUGUUCACUUCUUCUGAUCCAUAUCAAUUUGCCUUGGAUUAAAGGAUACUUUCAACCAAAUUAUCCCAUGAUUGUGAACAAGGCUAACGGAAAUUCUGCAGCAAUCAGAGAAAUGAUGAAGAUAAAAGACUUUUCGGCAAAAUACGGAAACAGCUUAAUAAAUUCAGUUGAGGAGGUCAUAGGGGUACCACUGAGAACAGAGGAUAUGACAUUUGAGGAAAUUCAAAAAUCUGGAUGGAUUGAUACCGAAAAAUAUUCUCCUGAUGAUGAGCUUGGAUUUGUACCACCUGUUCCAAAAUUUUCUAUGUACGAUAUUGUUUAUGACCUAAAGCCAAAAAUUAUGAGAAAAUACUUAGCCCUCGAUAAGAGGAAAUAUGAAAAUUAUAGUGUUGUUAUCCUUACCCCAAUACAUAACAGCGAAAAUGAUCUUGUACAGUACGCUCAAUUAAUAAGUGAACUUAAUUAUCCGAAACACAAACUUUCUAUUGUGUUUGGGGAAGAUGGCAGUGAAGACCAAACAUUCAAAGUUGGAAAAGACAUUUUAAAGGAAUUUCACAAACAAGGAUUUAGAAGAGCUGAAAUUUUUCAUUUUAACAUAUCGGGUCAAAUAACCGGGGAUUGGAAUAGCAUUCACGACCAGGUACUCCAACAUAAACGUAGAAAACAUCUUGCCAAAGCUCGCAACCUGCUUCUUAAAGCUGGCUUAAAGGACGAAGACUAUGUCUUGUGGAUUGACGCAGAUGUUGGAGUGCUUCCCCCUGAUCUUAUUCAACAGCUGAUCUACGCAAACAAAGAUGUCGUCGCUCCGUGUUGUUUAUAUAGAAAAGGUCAUUAUACUAAUGUCUAUGACAAAAACACUUGGAGAGAAACAGAAUAUUCUCUAGAAGCACAAAAAAAUCUCAGCAAAACACAGCUGGUUUUAGAAGGGUAUGGACCCACCAUCAGACUGUAUUUACCUCACUUGAGGGGGGAGGGGAGGGUAGUUCCCUUGGACGGUGUGGGGGGUUGUAGUUUACUAAUUAAGGCAAAGUGUCAUCGAAAGGGACUUAACUUCCCAGAGGAGAUUUUUCAGAAUCACAUUGAAACUGAAGGUCUGGCCAAACUUGCCAAGAGUCUAGGCUUUGGAGUUUAUGGGAUGCCAUUUGUAGAAGUCUAUCAUAAGUAAUGCUGCAUGUCUCUGUAUACUUUGUUUUUCAACAUCAUCUUAUUUUAUGUAAAAAUGUACACAAAAUUAUUUUGUUUCAAAAUAUUUUAUGAAUAGUAAUUUUUUUCAUACAAUAUGACAAAAUUGAAUAUUUACUUGUAUAUAUAUACAUGUAUGUUUUGAAUUUUUUAGAGCUAGUCGUUAGAAUCUUGUCAUCAUGUAUAGAGGUAUGCCAAAAUUGACAGGCAUCAAAUUUGGCAAUUACUGGAAAGUACUCCCUGAUAUUGUACCAAGGUAAAUAAAUAUGGGUAUCAUUCAAAAUAUAUCUCUUGUUUAUAGAUUUCUUGUGUAUUUUCGUACUUCAAUUUAUUGUUAAAUGUUAAUGGUGGUUCUUCCUUGUUAAAAACACAUUCCAUGAAUGUUUUACUAGUAUAUACAUAA